UCUCCAUCGACUGUCAACCAUAGCUUACUGCUUCACCAUUUCGCAUUUCAAUCUCUAUCAAGGCGCUCCACCCAUUACACAGGAGCGCAUUCUUCCACAAAUCCGAGGUCAAUCUUCGUCAGAACCCUCCCCUCGCCAUGGACCUCGACACGCAGAAGCAGACAGCCUUCACCGAGCUUUUCACUCAGAAUGCAGUCGUUGCGCGGAUACGAGAUAUCUACUCGGCCUUUAAUGAGCGGAGAGAGGCGUUAGGACUGUCAAAUCCCGGGACCGUUGAGAACAUCGCAAAAGAGGUGCAGCGCGAUGUCUUCCUGAACAACCAGAGCUUCUCUGGCCUACGCGCCGACCUGACCAAGUCCUUCGGCGUCUCUCCGCUAUUCCAGGUCUCGCAUGCGCUCGCCAUGGGCUCGCAAGCAAUGCCCCCCUACACAUACGGAGUCCUAUACGGCAGCCCCAAGGUGUUCAUGCAAGGUAACUUCGACAAUGACCUUCAGUUCACCGGCCGCUUCAACUGGCGCUGGGCUUCGAACCUCAUCACCAAGACCUCCGUCCAGCUAUCCUCGCAAGGGAACAUGAUGUCCAUUGAGAACGACUACACAGGUGCAGACUUCUCAGCGUCAUUGAAAGCGGUGAACCCCUCGAUACUAGAUGGUGGAUUCACAGGCAUGGUCAUGGGCAGUUACCUGCAGGCACUGACUUCGCGGUUGUCUGUCGGCGUGGACGCUUUCUGGUCGCGCCCUGCCAUGGCCUAUCCUCCUACCCUCAACCUUUCUUACGCGACGAGGUAUAAGGCUGCGGACUGGAUGGCCGCCGCACAGCUCGUCCCUGGUAACGCAAUCGAGGCAUCGUACUGGCGCAAGCUAUCCGACAAGGUCGAGACCGGCAUCAACAUGAACCUCGCUUUUGCUGGAAUGGGCGCUGCUGGACCUAUGGGUGGUGCAAGCAAGGAGGGCACUGUUACCAUUGGCGCUAAAUAUGACUUCCGUAUGUCGUCUUUCAGGGCGCAAAUCGACAAUACCGGCAAGGUUGGCUGCCUGCUGGAAAAGACUGUUGCACCACCCAUCCGCAUUACCUUCUCUGGCGAGAUUGACCACAAACAGAACACCUCCAAACUUGGCCUUGCCGUCUCCAUCGAGGCCGCCGACGAGGAGGUAAUGCAGCAGCAGGAGAAGAUGGCCAUGGCCGGCAUCCAGCCCGAUCCGAUCCCAUUCUAAGCCAAUCGAUCGUCCCACCCUGGAACUUCCUGACCCGUGAAUAUCCGACUGCUUGUAGAUCACAACCCUUCUCUUCUCUGUAUUAUCACCAUUUCCUUUGCGCGAGCGAACCGAAAAGGGGCACCUGGCGCUCGUCUAUCUGUCCUAGUCUGCAUGGUUCGUAAUUCUGGGGGCUCUCGGCGGUUGGUUGGUCAGCGCAUUUAUCUGCACGCUUCGCACGAACGGGACUAGAGAUCAACGUCAUUCUCCCGCACAAAGAAACGACAUUUUACCUACUCCUUUGGCGGUUCGUACCUUAUCAGGCGCAUGUUGUUGAAACUGUAAUGGGGAUAUGCACAUUGUCAAGCAGCUCUGCUUUGGUAGAUUGGGGCGGGGAAGGUGCGCAAUGGGAAGCGCCCUAGCCCUCGGAUUGGUAGAGAAGGUUGACUUGUGUACAUAUAGGUGUGUCCGAAUAGUAUGGUGGUACUCGAAU